AAAAUGGCGACGAUAAUUGAGUUGCUCCCAAAAGAGUAUGGGUUUGUGGCGAUUGUUCUUGUAAUAUACUGUUUCCUGAACUUUUACAUGGCUGCACAAGUGGCCAUUGCUCGCAAGAGGUACAAGGUUCCUUAUCCCACCCUUUAUGCUUCUGAAUCCCAAAACAAAGAUGCCAAACUCUUUAACUGCAUUCAGAGAGGGCACCAAAACUCUUUAGAAACAAUGGCAAUAUUCUUCAUGCUCAUGAUUUUGGGAGGGUUGAAGCACCCUUCAAUUUGUGGUGUCCUUGGAGUGCUUUAUAUCAUUGCUCGCUAUUUCUACUUCAAAGGCUAUGCCACCGGUGAUCCCAUCAACCGUCUUAAGAUCGGGAGAUUAUUUUUUGUGGCGCUUGUGGGUCUAAUGCUGUGUGCAAUUUCAUUUGGGUGCACUCUUCUCCACCGCCCUUGUAGCUCUUAAUACCCCUACCUAAAUUUGCUAUUUCAAUAUUUCUUUUGUCUGCCAUUCUUCGACAAAAAAGAUGGUCAUGUAACUUAUUGUAUUGUAUUGUAUUACACAACUCAAGUGAAA